AUGUCACUCUCGCUGCGUACACUCGAAGGAACAGUGCAGUAUGCCAAAAAGAACGGAGAUUUGGGCUCAUCGCCCACGUGGUACAAUGCUUGGCUCUUGGGUUUGUUCGUUUGCAAGAGCGUCUCAUAUCUGCAAGGAGUCUCCGUUUGUGCAUCUGUCAACACACUCAUGGCCAUUUCGAUAGACAGAUACUACGCCAUCUGCUACCCUAUGAAGCGACAAAUCAGCCUGCGCACGUGCCGCGUCGUCAUCGCCAUCAUCUGGGCGUUCAGCUUGACGAUAACGCUGCCAUGGACCUUUUUCUUCCGACUGAUGCCCAUGCUAAGUGACAGCGAGACCACGCUGCAGGUGUGCCGCGAGGACUGGCCCUCCGAGGGAAUGGGCGUGCUGUACUUCAUCGUGGCCAACCUGGUGCUCUGCUACCUGCUGCCGCUGUGCGUCAUCACGCUUUGCUAUGUGUUCAUCUGGCUCAAGGUGUGGCGCCGCCGUCCACCGGGCGAGACGCAUGACUUCGGCGUGGAGAAUAUCAUACAGCGCUCCAAGAUCAAAGUGGCCAAAAUGCUGCUCGUCGUGGUCGUGGUGUUCGCCAUCUCGUGGCUUCCCCUGUACGCCAUCUUCGCGAGGCUCAAGAUGGGCGAGCCGCUGGCCGACGGAAGCCUCGAGCAGUCGCUCAUCGAGGUGGCCGCUCCGGUCGCCCAGUGGCUAGGUGCCUCCAACAGCUGCAUCAACCCCAUCCUGUACGCGUUCUUCAAUAGCAAGUUCCGCAUGGGCUUCAAGGCGAUCCUUUUCCGUUGCAACUGCUGCAGCUGCUACUCCGACAGCGCUGAUGGUGUCCGUCGGCGCUCGGCGCCCAGUGUGGCGCGCCACGAGCUCUCCUGCAACCGGCCUUCGAGCGUGAGGACUUCCCAGGCUGUAGCGCACAGGAAGGAUUCACGCCUUUCUAAUGUAUUCUGACUUUGGCGGGUGAAAAACGCCGCAAAUAUGUAG